GGUUGAGCGAGCCAUUGCUCAGUAUUGAGCGAACAGACGCGACUGUCGUUUCGAGCUCGACGCUGAAGUUGACUGCGGAGCACAGGAAGCUGAAGAAGAAAGCAGGAGAAAGUGCUCCACACAGAGAGAGUGUGAGUGAGAGAGAGCGAGCGAGAGAGAGAGAGAGUGCGAGCGUGAGGGUGUGUGCGAGCAAGCAAGUAAGAGUGUGGAGGACCCAGCAGCCAGUCGGUCGGACGGAGGAGUGAAAUUCGAGGCACGGGAAGGGGCACAACACACACUACACACUAUACCGCCGGUGUGCUGGUGGCUAAGUGUGUGUGCGAGUAUCAUAAAGUUGAAAUACGAAACGCCUUGAGGAGAGGCGGCGGCGGCAGCAACAGAGGAGAAACGCCAACAGAAGCAGCGACGCCGGCAGCGACUGCGUCAGGCGGCCAAGCAAAAGGCAGACAAACAGGCGAAUCCUGUUGAGACCAUACGACGAGUCCUUGCUCGUCGGUUCAAACGUGCGGAACACUUUUGGAGGCAGCGAAAAAAACACACAAGAAUAUAUAAAAAGGAAGUCUAUUCCACCAAACACCUCUCACAUACACUCACCCAGCAAUAACAAAAACAACAGACAAGUUUCCAUCACCCAAAAGCGGAAUAUUUCAAAAUUUAAGAAACAAAAACGAAUUAUUUUCGAGAUACUUGUGUAUAUUUCAAUCGCAUAUUUAAAAAAAAUUCUAAAAAAAAAUUAUUCGAAAAUCCUAGUGCAGUGCGAAAGUUAUUCAAUCUAAAAAAUCGGAAAAAAAAGAAAAGAAAAUAGAAAACAAAAAUAUUAAAUUAGUUCCAGUUCAUUUUUUCCCUCAAUUGAUGGCUAACACUGUGAAUUUAAAUUAAAAAAUAAUAUACAACAAAAAAAGUAAUUUAUAUGAAAAACCGAAACGAAAACAAAGUGCCGCAAGCUAAGAGCGCUAAACACGAAAAAAGUGCUAAAAGUUCCUUAAAGAAAUAUUAAAACAAAAAUAAUAAUAAUAAUACAAAUUAUUGUUACAACUACUUAUAAAAUAUACAAAUUAUACAACAUAAAUUUUCUUUGCAUUUUAACGAAAGAAAACAAAAGUGAGUAGCUCAAAACGAAUUCAAAAAAAAAAAAAAGAAAACCAAUGUGCCCGCGGAAAACUUAAUCAUCUAAGCCUGUAAAGAAAGGAUACUAAAGUGACGGACAGCCAAUUAAAAUAUAUAUAGAGUGGAGGUAACAGAAGCUAAAUCAAAACCAGGAACGAUAACGAGAACGAGAACUAGGACUAGGAUCUAGUGGCGUUGCUAACUGAAAGCCGACGGAAGACAGCAACUAGUUGUUAGUGGGCCUCCCCCUCGGAAUAGCUCGUGAGAACAGGGGCAGGAGUCCGGAUCUCACUCCCCCGAUACUCGACACGGGCCAACAAGGUUCAAAACACUCUCUGCGGUGUAAUAAAAGCUGCUACUUCGCCACCAACUUCUACUCCAACACCAGGCUACACCUCCACCUCCAAGUCCACUUCGAACUCCAUCUCCAUCUCCAACUCCCAGCUCCAGUUCCGCUUCGAAAGUAGACAAUUGAUUAUUGAUUUUGUCUAAGGCAGAAGGAACUGUGCAGCUUAACUCGCCAGCACAACAAACUUGGCAGCAGAGAAAGCGGAGAAAGGCGCAUAGAGAGCCAAGAGGAAGAUAUAUAAUAAAGAAGAGGCGUUGAAAGACGGUUGAAAAAAUAAUAUAGAAAGAAAAAGAGACGUUGGGGAGCCCGCGAGCAGUGUUGUGCAAUGCCAGGCUUACGCCAGCCCAGUGUUGGUCAUCAGCAGCGGUGUGGGGCCUGAAGACCCACAAGAGCUCUGAUUAAAGCCGAGGGAAAAGAGACAACCCCAGCUAGCAGGGAUCGAGCUAAAGAAGAGGCUAACGAAAGGUCCCCCACAACCCCAGCCAUCCCCACUACCACACUACUGCACUACAGCACCACCAAGCACUAUCUUCUCCACCCCACUCUUACUAACCAAAUAAGCCGCCAAAAUAACCCGUCCAAUCGAGAAGCUGCGUCAGACCAACAAACGCAAAAUGCUCUUCUCGCUGGCCCAGACGCUCUUCUGCGUCCUGCUGAUUCAAGGCGGCCUCUACGCCCUCCACUUGAGCGGCAACGGGAAUUCGAACGGCGACAAGUCCUUGGGAGAGGCAAAGGCUCAGCUGCAGGGAGCUCUGCCCGCCCCCAGCCAGCCCAUAGGACCCUCCACCUCGUCGUCCUCUUCGUGGCAGAAGGCUCCGGCCCAGCAGCAUCAACAGCAUCCGGGCGGAUCUCCUCCGGGUGGUGGUCAUGCCCAUCGGUCGGCGGCGGCGGCCGCCUUCGACGCCACCACCGUGCGCCUCAACAAGGAGAUCGCCGACAUGGCUCAGCUGGAGCGGGAGCGACUUAUGCUCCUGGCUCGAGCCAAGCAGACGGCGGAGACUGGAGGGGCCCCGGUUAACCAUAGGGGUCAUCCCUUUAUCGCCGGACGGAUACAGAUGCAGCCCACCGAGGAGCUGGACGUCGGCGACUAUCCGGCUCUGCUCCAGCAGGCGGCCCGGGGCUACAUCUUCGGCAAUGUCCAGAAGCAGCCGCCCACUCCACUCACCGUGGAGGAGGACUACGAGCAGCUCCGAGAUCUCGAGAACAGGCCCGUGAAGUACUACGGUCGAGUAGUCACGCCGUCGGAGAGGGAGGAGCAGGCCGAGGCACUCUACGAGCCAAUGCACUCGUUCGGCGACUUUGACGACUUCUCCGAGCUGGAGCCCGAGCAGGAGCACCACUUGGGUGAGGAGGAUCUCCUCCGCGAGCUGGACGCCUAUCAGUACCACGGCCUGGAGGAGGAGCCGCUGCCAGAGAACCCCUAUCGGACCUUGGAGCAACUGGAACUGACGGCGCCCGAGUCCCUGCAGCAGCUCUUCGAACAGGAGCAGGAGCAGCGCGAUGCACCCGCCAAGGGUGGGCACUCCGGCAAGGUUCACGGCCCUGGAAAUUACAACAUACGCACGCAGCAGAAGUGGGCCAGGAAACGAGCCCAGGGAUCCCAAGGACACAGCCUGGGAGCGGAGAAGCAGCUGCAGCGCCAGAUCUUUGCCCAGCACUUCAAGCCGCAGCGAAAUGGGAAGCUCUCGCUCGCCGCCAACUCGGAGGCCACGGCCGGCAGCAAGCACCUGAAGUCCACCAGCCGCUCCGGAUCCGCUUCAGGCGGCAAGGAUAACGAGAAGCCAGCUAACGAAUUGGGAGGAAGUCCAGCCGCUGGGGAGUUGCAAAAACCGCAAACGGAACAGGAGAAGAAGGAUCCCAGCCACAAGCGAUCCGGUGGCGGUAACGGAGCAUCUGCGGGAUCGCCGGGUAGCGGCUAUGCGGCGCCACCCAUGGUGUCCCACAGUAUAGCCAGCCAGCUGAUGCUGCGCACCGCCCGCGGUCAACGGCAGUACGAUGUGCCACAAAUCGAGUGUCCCACCGCCAUGGAUGGCAUGGAGCGGUUCGCCUGCCCGAUACCCGACCGGCAGGGCAGAUACCGCUGCAUAGACGAUCAUGUGCUGUGCGACGGCUUCAUCGAUUGUCCUGACGGCGAGGACGAGGACCGAAGAUCCUGCAUGUUCUACAAGACGACGAAGGCUCACUUGGAUGUGUUAGCGGAUGCGUUACUGCGCUGGGCGCGAGGGCGUUAAGCUCCACCCACCCACCAAGCAUACAAACACACACGGACACAGACAGAGACACACAUCUGAAACGACUUCUAAAAAACACCCACUACAAAGCAGACACAAACCAUCCAUAAUGACAAACAAAAAUUAGUUUUAACGAACCUCAAGUCAAGCUAUAACCUAUUAAGUUUGAAAAUUACCAAAAUCCACACCCACAACACAGACCCCAGCCUCUUCCUGGAAGAGAAAUAGCUGGAAAAGGAAUCCCCAACAAGGAUCGAGUAAAAAACGCAAAGACAGGACUAAACUGCAGCUCGAUGGAGAGCUGAAUGGAUUGCCAAGUAAGAAAAAAACAGGAUGCUAUUGAUUAAAAACCAAAAUGAACAUUAUGACGCAACAGAUACUCAUAAAGAAAAGAUAUGAUUAUUAUUACACUAUUAUUAUUAAAAAAAAUUAACUUAAUGAAAGCCCAAAAAAAAAUAGCGGUUACAAAUACUAAAGCUAAAUUUUAAUUCAGCAAAAAAAAAAUAAAUAAAACAGAAAAAAACGAAAUCGAAAUCGAGCAAACAAGAAAAUUGUUGAAAAAAAAACGAAUAUAUAUUUUUAAUUUUUCAUUUCGAAUUUGUUUCGCUGAAACGGAGAGCCGAUGAUGGGCCUAACUAUUUUUAGUAUAUAUUAAAAAAAUAUAUUAUAAAUAUAUCUUACUAUAUGAAAUAUAUUUCGUGUACAUUAUUUAAUUAUAUGUGUAUUAAAGUAUAAAUGUUAAAUAAACCAAAAAUGAAAUCAAAAACGAAGAAAGCAUGGCAAAAAGGCAUGAAAAUGGCAAGGAUAAAAAAAUGAAGUUAUAUAUACAUAUACACAGAAAAAAAACCGACAUAAAAAUAUAUAUAUUAAUAGUAUACAUAUACCAAUAACAAACAAAUAUACAAUUGACGGAAAAUAUUGCAUUAGGUUUUAUUGCUGAUUACUGAACAAGAAAAUGAAUGCAAUAUAAUAUACUUAUAUACAAAUGCAAUAACAGCAAGUUUAGCAAAAAAAUGAAAAAAAAAACAUUUACAAAUUAGACGAGAAGCAAAAAAAAGAACAUUUUACAUAAAGAAAAAGACUUGACUUCAUUAAACUGAUUUUGUUCAAAUAGCAUUUAGCGUCUUGAGUUCGAAAUUCUCUCAUACAAGCUAUAUAUUUAAAAUUCCAUAGUUUUCAUCAUAUUUUUGCAUCAUAUUUUAUUAUUUUGAUCAUGUGUGUAAAUAUGUAUUUUAAUUUAAUUAUGAUUUGCACUUACAGAUCUCUCUCUCUCACUUAAAUAACAAUCAGUAACCAGAAACCAAUAACAUUUUUAAUUUUUAAUUAGUUCAUGAGUAAGAAAAACAGUUCUCACGGAAAUGGCAGCUAUCUGUAGUUAAGUAAAUUUAUUUACAUUAUUAAAAGUAUAUUUAAAUAACAAUGGACUUAUAAAUAUACAUGAAAACACGAUAAGCUUGUAAGCAAAACGACAAAAGCUUGUAAAAAAUGCUAUCUUACCCAAAAAAAAAAAAAAACAAAACCAAAAACACAAUUGUUUCCAUUUUUAUUUUCAAAACAAAGAUUUUUCUAAACGUUUUCCCGCUCCUUCUAUUGAAAUUGAAAAAUUUAAAGCUCCUGUAAUACCAACGGAAAUGAAAAUCUUUCGAUUCCAGAGAUUCAGUCUUUAUUGUGGGCGAUUCCCCAAACACAAUCAAUCAAUUAUAAAAUACAAUCAAGCAAAUUUUUAAGCGGAAAAUUACGAAUUAAAAUUUUUAAACGGUUGUGUACGCAAACAAAUAACGAUGAAAACACGAAAAUGAAUUCGCUAAUUAAACCAGAAUAAAGAGGUAACCACUAAUGGGAUUUUCAUACAAAGUAUUGCAACUGAAUUACAAGGUCGUCUUUUAUUUUCAUUCUCCAGUUAAAACUUUAAAGGACUCUUUAUGUUUCGAAUGUUUUGCAAAACUAAAAUUAUUCAAAAUGUUUAAGUAUUUCAAAAUGAAAUAACAUAUGAAAUUGCGAGCAAUAAAAUUUCAUAUCUUAUACACAGUACGUAUAUAAAAUUUCGAACAAUUAAUAUAUAAAUAUAAUUGAGUAUGUGUUUAUGAAUAAGUUUGUAUUUUACAUCGAUUCCCCCAACCUCCUACCCUCCUAUAUCAACGAUCUUCGUUAAAAACUAAAAACUAAAUACUAAAUGGUAUAAAUAGGAGACAAGCCUUGGUGUUUUCUUUUAAUUGAUUGAUUCGGUAAAACAUUUACAUAAAUAACUGCAAAAUAACCCACCUUUAAAUAUAAAAAAAAAGAAAAAGUAAAUUAAUAAUAACAACUUCUAUGCCAUACGAAAUCCAAAAUAAAGUAAUGAGCAAGGCGACGACGUAUGUGUAACUUUAAGUAAAAAACUAAAUACCAUAACGAAUACUUAUGUAUGUAUAUGCAAGUAAUUAAUUGUAAUCCUUGAAAUUAUGCACAAAUUGAAAUUCAAACAAGAACAACAACAACGCGCACUAAACUACAACAACUACAACAUCAAGAUGAAAAAAAAAACCAAAAAGGACAAAACCCCGAAAACAAAUCAAUGGCGAACAAAAAUUUUAAACACAUUUUUUGAUCGAGCGGCAAUUAAGGUAAAAGGUAUACAAAGCCACAAAGCACAGACAUACAAAUACAUAUAUAUAUUUUUGGCCUAUUUUUCUAUAAUCCUAAAAAGACAAGGACAUUUUAAAAGCGAAACCUCUAUAAGGACAAACCAAAAAGAAAACACACACACAAACAAGUUCGAUUGUAAAUAACAACAAUACUCUAAAACCAAAAUAUUUCAAGGAAUUUCAUUUAGUUCCCAAUUGAACAACAAACUAACGAAGAUCGUUUAAUACAAAAACAAACUUUAAGCUACCCUUCCUACUUAAUUAGAUUUUAUACAUUUAGCUUUUAUUAUAAUUAAUUAAUGUUAUUAUUUUUAGCCUAUUUAAUCGAUUACACUUUUAAUUUGGCCUUUGCUGGCUGUCGCAGAAAACAGUAUUGUGUAUAAAAUAAACAAGAAAAUGUGUAAAUAAACAUAUUAUGGUCUAAAUUAGUGUGAAAGUGUUUAUUUUUUAAUUUUUAAAGGUAUUAAAAUUACUUAGUGUUUAGUUUUAAAAUUAUUUUUUAUGAAUACCAAGUAAAAACCAAAAAAAACGAGAAAAAGAAAUGGCGCUAAGGAAAAAACCAAAAGAGCAAAUACAGAAUAUUAAGCUAUGAAAAAAAAAUUGUUGAAUGUUAUAAGAAGGACAUACACAUAUACACACACACACAACCAUAGGUACAUACACACAGACAUACAAAUAUAAACACAUAUAUUUAAGAGUAUAUAGAACGCUCGCCACACCUUAAACUUGUAUUUAUUUAUAUUUGUAUAUUUGCAGAAGAAAUUGAAAAUUGAAAUUGAAAACUGAAAACUGAACAAACCAAAAUCUAAAUCAUAGAGAAAGAUGGAGUUUAUAAAGCAAACAAAUUAUGAAUUAUGGAUUAUAAGUCAUAAAUGUAGCAGAAAUGAGCGCCUACGAUCGAUCGACCUAGUCUAUCAAUUCUUAAUGGUUUUUGUCUUACCAAGCCCUUUACCAAAAAUAUUUUAUUAAUAAGUAUUUGCUGUAAAUAAUUUUUGCCUGUCUUCUUUUUUGAUCUCUUCAUAACCUGGCUCUAUCUUUCUCAAAACUAAUUUCACAUUUUUAGAAGGUAUUACAUAUAUUUUUAGCAUAAUUCCCCCUCUUUUCAUUUACCAACCAACCGUUUUCUUAACUACCUAUAAUAAUUAAUUAUAUAUUAUACGGAUAUAUGAUAAUGCAAGAAAAUGAAACAAGAAAAUACACAAAAAAAAACAACAAACAUUUAAAAGAAAAAACAAAGAAAAAAUGGAAAACAAAUACACAACUUAAUAUACACUGAAAACAAAACCGAAACAUGCAUUUCUGAUUUUUACUUCUUCACUUCAAGACUUUUCAGAAUAUACAAUAUAUUUUCUAUUUUAUUUCUACAACAAUAACAACACAAACAACAAUCAACAAUCAAGAGAUUGUUGCCACACAGAAGCAGUAAGUCAAUAGAAUACAACAUAUGCAUGCGAUUAUCCUUUAAUAAUUCUUAUGAUUUUGCCACUUUGUGCACAUUCGUAUCCUUUUGAGUUAUGAGUUGUGGCAAGCUGAGAGCCAGAGCUCUUCCGCAAGUCCUUGACAUUCGCAGAAGAGCCCCUGAAACCGUAAAGUUAGAGAUUAUUCAGGAAUCCUCUUGGCGAAUAUGCCUUUGGUAAGUUAGUCUGAGUGUAAGCCGGGCCAAAACAUACUUCUAUCCGGCUAAUAGAGCUCUUCACUUGGCAGUAGAACAAAGUUUUCAAACCUUAGUAAAUAGCGUACGUUUCAAUUAUCAACAAGUAACAAAAAUAUAACGAAAAACGAGACAAAUUUUGAAGAAAAAAGCCCAGAAGAACGUAGUUUAUUGCAACAAGCACACAUUUUGGAAAGGUAGAACCCUGUUGAGGUUCACGUGGAAGGUCAACAAUGGAAAGGAGCACAAAUAUAGAUUUAAAUGGAUAUUAUCACGUAAUAAUUAUAAAUGUUAGUUAAAUUAAGUGUACACGCACACACACAAGUGAGUAGAGUUGCAAGUUAAGAACUAAGUUACGCUUUUGCUUGCCACACAAGAGUUGGCCGAAAUGCUUCAAGUUACCCAGCAUUAUUCACCAGGGAAAUGCAUAUGUGUUUUGGUGUAGAAUGAGUGUUUAGUAAAAUCUAAGAAUACAAAGAAUAUAAGCCAAAUAUUAAAUAUACUAUUAUAUAGAAAUUGUGUCCAAUGAAAAUUCGUUUUCGCAUUGGAGGCUGCAUACAAAGCUUAGAACAAACGGAUUACAAACAAUAGCUGCAAUAGUCUUAAAUAUGGACAUAAAGUGACCUUUAAUAGGCAUCAGGUGUUGUAUGCCAUUGAAUCGAGCCAGCUUUUCCUGACCUCAAAAGGUUACCAAAAGCCGCACUCAAUGCAAACACAACCAGAGCCACUGGUGCAAUUCAAUGCCACUUUUAAUCCGCCCAUAGGCACAACCUCACCACACUAGGUAACACACAAACGAAAAGACACCUUUGAAAUUUGACCAAUUAAAAUAAAUAUCCGUUUUAGUUUUCGGUUGUUAGUCCAUUCACAUAGUAGUUUCGGGCUUUGUUGCCGGGUUUUGUAUGCAAAUUGCUGAAAACAAAUUGUUCGUAAAUGCAAUUUGUUAAAGAAAUUGACAUUAAGUCUCGUGUUUUAUGAUUGCCAGUGAAGAGCUUCGAGUUUGAAGAGCCAGACAACAAGCUUAAGGAUUUCCCAGGAUAAUUGAAGACCAAUUAGUUCUCUACUACGCUGAAUACUUUAUUUAAUAUUUAUAAUUGGUUCCACAUUAUCAUUUAACCUUAAUUGGUGCCAUUUAAAAUGCAUGCAAUUCAUUUCAAAUUCGCAACAAUUUCACAUUCGCCCAUUCAGACACUAAUAAAUAAUUUUUAAUUGAGACAAUUAGCGGACAACAAAAUAUUAUAGCAAACACAAUUAGCAUUAACAAUUUUGCACUUCUGCACAUUUUAUGUGAUAAAUAUACAAAACCAAACUCAAAAACGAAUUAUAUCUAUUUAAACGCACCACAAAUGCACUUACCCAGAAACAUUAUUGUUGGAAAAGAAAAACACCUGAAUUCGUAUUAGAGCCUGAUUAAUUAGUGAUUAUACUUUAUGUAAAUCGUUGUUGUAGUUUAUUGCACAAAUCAGCACAAUAUGAUACUCUGAACCCGGGGGAGCUUACUUACCAUAUAUGUAUGUAUUUCCUUCUAGUCCUUUGGGUCGACUAAUUAGGGUUACGAGGAGUCUUUGGAGUUUUAAGUUUAGAUUUAAUUUAAAUUUGAAAUAUUUGGGGCAAGCAGAUCAGUCUUCCACGGCACUAAACUCCGAAUUUCCACUCAUAGCAACACACCCAUUCUCAUUAAGCUUUUGGACGCACAGGGAAGGUCCCGACAAACCCAUCAGGAAGAGCCAACUUUUAAAAUGGAAACAAAUGAAUAUUUUCGAGCUAUAAACGUAAGUAGUCACAAGUACCUUAAAAUGCAAAUCGAAGAAAUGUAUGUGGAUGUGGAGGACGAGCGAGUAGCGCGAGAAGCGAGUAGAAAAACUGGCUACACCCACUAGGGCACACUCGUACACAUACAUUCCCCUCUUAACAUGCACACAAUCAAGGCUUAAAAGCAAUCCGUCCUUAAUUGAAACUUUUGAGCGGAAUCUCCAGAAAAAAACCCAAAUAUGCCGAAGAGUUCGACUCUAAAAUGUUUAAUUAAGUCUACACACACUAUCCACUUACCCCCUUCCCUUUUUCCACUACCACGGCCCCUUAUACCAGCUCACACACACGCACUUACAAUGACACUCUCACACACAUACACACGGACAAGCAAAUGCACUUAAAUUGUAAAUGUUGUGAUUAUAAUGCACCGCCUCAAAGUAUGCACCAAAAUUUUUGAAAAAUGUAUUUUUGCACCAUUUUUAAAUGCACAACCAAAAACAAAUUAAAAACUUAAAAAAAAAGGAAAUUAAUUAAAUGUAUUUUAAUUAAAUUAGUUUAUAAAGUGUUAAAAUAUAUAUUUAACGAAAAAAAUUGAUACUUGGAGAGGGAUUUUCUAUUACUGUUAUUUUUGUUUCACUUAAAACCAAAACGGCAAAAAAAGUCAAGAAAAGUCUGCGAAAUAUAUAAUUCAACUGACGCAAUGUAAAUACUCGUACAGAACAAAGAUGGAUGGAAAUAACGAAGUCUAAAUAAUUUAGUAAUUGUCACUAUGUAAAUAGACCAAACCGAACACAAAUAGAAAGAACAGCGACCGAGACCGAGACAGAUACAGAUAUAGAGACACAGAUACAGAUAGAGAUACAUUUACAGAUACAGAUAAAGAUACAUUAUGUAGAGCAAGAUGGAGAAGAAAGUCGCAACGACGAAAGAUGUUUUUAACUUUAAUUAGAAAGUGUUUUAUGUAUUAUGUAUGUAUGGUAACCCACACAGGAAGUCCUACUAAUAAUUUCUAAGCCAUUUAACUUGUAAAUUAUUAUGGUUAUAAAUGUAUAAUGUAACGGUACUCGAAUAUAUAUAUAUUAUGAUAGACAUAUGUAUAUAUAUAUGUCUGAGACUGUGCCAUGGAGGAUGCGAUGCGGGUGGUGCCCCAAGUAGAAAGACAACUGCGACUAAAUCAACCACGAUAUAUAAAUGUGUACAUGUGUAUGGUUAUAAAUGAUACCUACUUCAGUUUGCCUACGAUUCCAAAAAAAAAAAAACAAAUAUAUAUAAAUAAUACGAAAAAAAGACACGUAUAGGUAUAAAGCGAAUAUAUAUUUCAAAGAAAAUUCAGCUGCAACCAGAUUCGAGUUCAAGCAAAAAACCAAAACAAACAGAAAGCGAAAAAAACGGAUACAAUUAUUAAUAUUGAAAUUUAAUUAUAUGCAUUUGCAGCAUAAGGAAAAAACAAUGUAUUACCAACAAAAAACAUCUCUAUAUAUAUGUACACAACAAACAACUAAUUUAUGAGAUUAUAUAUACAUAUAACAGCAAAAACAACAGAAGUAUAUGUAAAAUUAAAUAAAAACGAAGCCUCAGUCAGUAUAAAAAAAAAAAGUUGGGUCUUUCAUUAUUUUCUCAUUUUCAGCUGGUCUAUUUAAUAUCAUUUCAUAUAUCAGGUAAUGUAAUCUAUUUGCAAUAAAGAUCGCUGCUGCCCCUGGCCAUUAUUUUUUUAUGACUUGUGCUGUAACUUAUUUCCUUAGUUGAUGUAGCAUGAAAGGUAAUUAUUAUCCUCGCCGAUUAAACGUUUUUCUUGGAAGCAUAAGCCAGGAAAAGCUCGUGGGGAUCCUUUGGCGUAAAUAUUUUGUAAACAAGCAGGUGUCGUAAAUUUUAAUUAGCCUUGGCCAAAACUAAUUUCAUGUUAAUAAGCAAACGUAACAUCACAUUGUUGUGGCCGCCCACUGGCGGUAAGAAUCUGGGUGACGUGAUGCCCUUUUGAUAGACUUCCCAUUGCACCCCGGAGUAAUCCUGGAACCCUACUUUGUGGUCGCUUCAUUAAGCGGCUCCCCUUCACAAGAAAGUCUUGAGAAUAACCCCAGCGAACCCCAGCGAUGCUAACGCAUGCAAAUGAAAAGACGUGUAACGUGAAUCCAUCCAACGGGAAAUGCAAAAGGUUAAAGGUCGAAGAGCCCACGAAAAAAUAUGAGUUGGAUGGAGAAGACUGUCCUGACCUUUGCGACGUUGAAAUGGAGCUGGAAAAAAAAACACGGCUGUUAAUUAAGGUGUGACAAAUGCAAUCUGCAGACCAGUUAAGCGUGCAAUCAGCCAAAGGCCAAUCCAGUUGGUUCAUUAAAAGGGGAUUUACCCAGGCCCACAACGUACACUCCAAACACACACCGUAUACCAUCGCACAUACAUAUGGCCAGCAUGAAGGUCUAGGCGCGAUAAAACAAAUGCCAAAGCCUAAAAUGGCAGCUUCUGGCAUUUGCCAUUCGCAUUCGCCUUCGCAUCGCUUGUAAAUAAAUUGCCCUUAAAUCCGGCUGCAAUUUGUUGCACACCCCCCAUCGAUCCGGAUCGGAGAUGAGAGUAUCCUGUAUCCUGUAUCAGGGAUAUGUGGCGUAGAUGGUAGGAUGGAUAGCAGAACCGAACGUGCCCUGAAUCGACCUUGCCUCGGGUGCUUCGACUGUUUUUGGGUUCUGGGGCUAACCAGAAUCUGUAUAUGGUGAAAAAUAAUAAAACAAUUCAAUUUGUUUGUCUUGCA